GGUCGGUUUGCUCAACUCUGUUGUUUUCAUUUAGAUAUUGACUAAAAAAUUUAUAGGUGUGUCUCAAAAAUGACUGAUAAGGAAAUUUCCGUGGAGGAAUUAGAGGAAACGGUAAAGCAGACAGAUGAACAGCUAGACCUCAUGGAAUGGAAGAUGGAUAAUGUGGAGAAGGAGCUGGUGGAGCCCAUCAACACACAGGACAUGUGUAUCAUGCACCUGUUGAAGUCUGUCUCCGAGGUACGCUCGGACUACCAGCAGUUGCGGCGCGAGCUGGUGGAGGUGCAGGCCUUGCAGAGGGAACUGUCCUCGAGGCUCCGCACGCAGCUGCGGCUGGUGCACGGCAAGUUUGCAAGACUCCGCCAGCGACUGGCCGCAGCAUCCCCACCCCGCUGAACUGAUACCCCACCUCUCAUGUCUAAUAAGUCUCAAGAAACGUUACAAAGUUGGGUUGAACCUUAAAUUUUUUUGUGGGUUUGGUAAAAUUCUAAAUAAUUGUCGUAAGGGAAGUCUCGUGUUAUUGUAGUCCUGGCUUUUAAUGUUAAGUUAAAUGUUUAAAUUGUAUUUUGUCUGUGGCUAUGUCUAAAUUAUAAUCUACGUUAGUUAUUCAGGCCUAUUUGAUGUUGGUUGAAUUUGCAUGUGUGAUCUACAUUUUUAACGUUAUUUAUUAUAUUUGAAAACUAUUCUAAAUUUAUUGUAUAGAUAGGUGAUGAGAUAAAUUUAAUUGUUAAUGUUAAACGGACAUGAGAGGUUUGGCCUCUUCCAAGUAUCUGCUCUACAAUUAGUUUCUUUAGAACCCUCUAGUGAAGGUAUCGGAACUAUGUGCCAAUAUUCUAUCUAGGUAAUUGUAAUAGUUAGCAUAGCGGCACUUUACUAACGUACUCUUGAUCUCACAUCAAAGGUUCAAGCGGGUUUCCUGGCUUUCAUACAAGAAUUUAACAAUUGCACUUUAUCGUCUGUUUUUUAUCGAUUAUGAAGAAUGGAAUCUUCUAAUUUCUUGUAUGAAAGGCAGUUUGCCGCGUAACCUCACCACCCUAGUCGAUAUCUCAUAGUAUACCCAAUAGUGUGUUUGUAUGUAGUAAGUUGGUGCUAAACGAAGGUCUAAGGAUGUUUAAGGGGAUGGAUUCAGCGGUUAGGCGGUAAGGUAGGCCUCGGAAAGAGUACGUAAUUGACUACUAGUCAAAUUCAAAACGUUUAAAGAUUAUUUUUUGUGAGUUAUUUUUUAAGUUUAAUAUUCUCUAUAAAUAAAUCGACUAUAAAGUGUCUAGGGGUAAUGAUUUUAUAGUAUUUAUUGUAGAAUAUUUUGAAAAAAAAACCGUUAAUUGAGGCAUUUUUGUACCAAGCGUGUCUUGUAUGGUCUCGCAAGUUAUUUAAAAAAGCUAAACGCUACAAAAACUACUAAAGCAAUAUUUGACCUUAGAAUCAAAUGAAAAGGUCAAUUCAGGGCGCAUCGGGAACGAAUUUAAUGUCGAGUGCUAAACGAAUAAUAAUUAUAAUAAAAGUAGUUGAAUUGUUAGUUUAAUAUAUUUUGUUUAUUAUGGCUUUGCAUGGAUGAAAUUGAAACGAUCAUAUUUAGCUUCCAUCUUUAUGAUACAGGAGAUAGCAUAAAUACUUAAAUUAAGGCGGCUGAGUCAUAAAAUGUUAUGUCCCAUCGUCCAUUUAUUUGAGCUCCCAUCUCCUCAUAAGGUAAUGAAAUGAAACGCAACUCAUUCUACUUCAGUAUCGAUAUUUAUUUAGAAGUUAAGAUAUACCAUCUUGAGAAAAAACCGAAUGAAAUACAGUUAUGAUAGCGACUCCAUAAAUGGGUUUCAAAUAGUAGUUUUAAAAUAUGACACAGUUUUUCAUGCAUUGUAAAUUUGUAAUUUAAAAAAAGUUUUUGUGCUGUCUCCUUAGUUAUAAAAUUGUCCGCACACGUUUUACAGUUGAAAGGAAUAGAGUAGGAAAUCCUACCUUCGGACUCUGAGCUACACUGAAGAGAUCAUGGGUUAAUCAACCAAUUCUCUCUAAUACAGGAAACUGAAAAACCUGUGCUGGACUGCUUGUAUACGUUAUCAAGGUUCCCAUGACACGAUCAAACAGAAAUUAAACCUUGUUUGUAAAGUAAUAAGAAAUAAAAUUGUAGGUUUUUUACGAGUCUUGUUAAAUUUAUCAGAUUUUGUUGUUAUAAAAGUGUCGUAGUUCACGGGAAUCUUAUUUUUUUUAAUAAUGUCGUUGUGCUCAUAUUGUCAUUGAAUAACGACGUUGUGUCUGCUAAAACAUUAUAACUUUUUAUUCAUUUAAAUCAUAUUAUGAAUUAUUUUUUGAGUUACUGUAGGUUCUAUUUUUCUAUUUUCUUCUUAUUAUAUUUAAUUGUGAUGGACUUAUUCCAACUUAAGGUCCACGGUGUAGAGCGAUACUCCCACUGUUAUCUUCCUCUAAGAGAAUUAGCGUUCGUUAAACGCUAGCCUGUUCUAUGAGGCUAAUAGGUAAGCGUUGAAACCCUAUUUUGACGAGAUCCACGUGGAUGUAAUUUUAUAGCUUUUAUUAGAGCCUACAGUUAAUUUUUUAUCUUUUUUUGAAUAUAUUUUGUAUGAGUAUUCUUACAAAGACUCCCAAGUUAAACAUGGGAGUUUGUAUUUUUGUUUGAAAUAAGACUGUCGACGUCUUCGGGCGCGAAAUCUCAGUUUGUUAGUGUAAGGUACAGUCAGCAAUAUAAAUCACAAUUUUAGUAAAUUAAUCGCACAUAUCAAGCACUUGCAUGUUUCUCGUAUCACUUAAUAAAUUAUAUUUAGGAUGGACGGUACGUUAUGCAGGAGUGGACACGAUAGUACGAGUAUUUGAUUCAGUAAAACAUUUAGGCCUCGUCCCAAAUUAUUAAAAAAUAUAUUCAUCGCACUAUAAUAGGUACUUAAAAAAAUAAAAAAUAUGAAAAUAAUAAAUAAACUAUCAUGCAAAUUAUAUAAUUUUAUUAUUUAUUGUUUUGCCACCCUUUUGAGUCUGGGCCCCAACUAACUUAGGGGCCCACAUAAGUCGGGGCCC